GAAGAAGAAGAAGAAGAAGAAGCCGGAAGUCUUGUUGUUUUGAACCAGCAGCGUGUUUCCGGUUGCUCUCGGUGCUCUCUCUCUCUCAGACAGAAGAUGAACGCUCCUCCCGCCUUCGAGUCGUUCCUGCUGUUUGAAGGAGAGAAGAAGAUCAGCAUCAGCAAAGACACCAAAGUGCCCAACGCCUGUUUGUUCACGCUGAACAAGGAGGACCACACGCUGGGCAACAUCAUCCGAGCUCAGCUGCUGAAGGAUCCUCAAGUUCUGUUUGCUGGUUAUAAAGUUCCUCAUCCUCUGGAACACAAGAUCGUCAUCAGAGUGCAGACCACACCCGACUACAGUCCACAGGAAGCGUUUACGAAUGCCAUCACUGAUCUCAUCAGCGAGCUCUCUCUGCUGGAAGAACGCUUCAGAGUCGCCAUCAAGGACAAACAGGAAGGGAUCGAGUAACGCCCUGAUGACAUCACUUUCUGUUUGAUUAUUGAUUUAUUUUUGUAAAUAAAAUGCGAUGACACAACCUG